AGAAAGGAGAAGAAGACACUGUUCAACCAAUCAAUUAAUCAAACACAUCCAUCUCAUCCAAAUCCCCUUUUUUUCUUCACCAAAUCAAAUCCAAUUCCCAUUAUCUUCUUCUUCCUUCCUUAAUCCUUGUACUAUUCAGAUGCUGCAACUAUUCUUCGCUGUCGCCUUCUCCGCCGUCCCUUUGACUCUCUACGUUCCGCCCAUCCGAUCCUUCAACCUCUUCGUUGAGACCAUCGAGCAAUUCCUUCGCCACACCGCCGUCUACACUGUCCGAGCUUAUCCUCGUUUUCGCCUCGGCUUUUCUCGUCUUUUUAACUCUCUUUUCCACGUUUCAAGAUUAAAUUGAGCCCUUGCUAAUCAACUGAAGGUAUUAAAAUGGAUUAAACAAAUUUGGGAAUUUUGAGAUUAUUUUAUAAAAAUGGGUACUCUGGUUGAGUUUUCUUCUGCUGAUUCGAGGCUUCCCUGGUUUUGGAUCAUUGAAUAUUUGGCCGGCUUCAAGCAAGUAGAUACUUCCAUUAUACAUGAUUUUGUUGAAAUGGUGGCGGACUUACCUGAGGAGUUGGCAAAAAAUAUGAGGGAAAUUGUUGCUUUGAGAUGUUUGGAGGAUUUGUCUGGAGGUACUAGUGAACAUUCUAAUGAUGGUCUUUCUAAUUUAGUGGAGAAAGUUGGAUUUGCUUUAUCAGAAAGCUGUGAAGAUGUUCUUCAACGCAUACUUCAGAAGUCAUCGACAUUGGAUCGGCAAAGGGCUGGACCAGAGCUAUUUAAAUGGGAUGUUCAUCCCUUUAUUAUGCAUAAGAGAACUUUGAUGCCUAAAUGUGCUUUAGAACAGUUGAAAGAGGCGAUUAUCGGUGGUAUUGAUCCACUGUCUACUUCCUUGAGAGAAAGUAGUGGACUGAUGCAUGUAAAUGAGAGUGGCAGAACCUGUAUUGAUAAUGUUGAUCAUAAUGAAAAGACACAGGGGGUUGAUGGAACUAGCACUGAUGCCCAAACAAUGACAAAAAAUUUGAAUUUGAUUCCUUCAACCUGUGAAAAUGGGAAUGAACCAUCAAGAGAUAAUUCCCUUAACACUAGUUUAUUACCUUCUACGAGCAUCAGAGAUGAGUCAAAUGUUUUGUCUGGUGAAAAUGUGGCAAGCCACAAGUUUUAUACCAAAGCCAGAACAUCAACUAAUGCAUUCUCAUUGAGAGCACAACAGAUAGAUUCUGCUGAUGAAUCCAAAGGUGGUGAAGAUGAAAUUUCAAGGGAUGAUGAUGAGUAUCACAAUGGGAUGAUUGAUGUUGCCAAGAAGAACAGUCAUUUCUUGAGCUCUCAAUGCUCAUUAGGUAAUGGCAUCGUGGAAGCAACUGGCAGGACAGAACAAAACCUUUGUGUGAAGUGUAAUAAAAAUGGUCAGUUGUUAGUUUGUAGCACGACUAAUUGCCCAUUGGUGGUUCAUGAAAAUUGCUUGGGUUGUCAGGGAAUUUUUGAUAGAAAGGGAAAGUUCUAUUGCCCUUUUUGUUCAUAUUCAAUGGCCAUUUCUGAGUACCUGGAAGCUAAGAAAAAAACCUCCUUGGCUAGGAAAGAGGUGGCUGUGUUUGUGUGUAUGGACUUGGCGCAGCAUCUGGAGAAAAUUACUGAGAGAUUGCCCUGGAAAGUGCACAGUUAUUCAAGACAAAAUGGAGGUGUGGAAAUUUGUGAGAAUGAUCAUGUCGGCGUACAAGAACAUAAUCAAGUGAAACAAGAUGAUCAAGAUGUACAUGAUGUGAAUGAUAAUCUGUUUCAGAAAAGUAUUGGUAAUAGGCAACAAUCAGAGCCUUCUGCAUCAUUAUCAAAUGGUAAUUUACCUUGUAGAGAAGAAGCGGCAGAUUUAAUUAGUGAAACAGUUUGUGUUCCUAAUGGAGAGAAGGCAGGGGAAGAAAAUUUAGUUAAAGAGUCCCCAUCUUUAACAGUGCUUGAAAGACAACAGAAUCAAGCACCAGUUAACGGUAGGUCUGACAGUGAUGAUCUAUCCUCUAUGAGCACUGAUGAUACCUCUUUGGAUGACAGAGGAGGAAUUCAGAAGGAAGAUUUCCAUAAUGCUAAUAGUAUUUUACCAGAGAAACCUGUUGUUGCUCUUAAUGUUGAUGGAGAUCAUACCUCUGAAUCAGAAAAUGAAUUUUCCAAUUACUGCAUACGGUUCCGUAGGCGUGAAAGGCAUACAUACCCAUCCAAUGUUCAGUUGAGAAGAAAGAAAGUUCCAUGGACACUUCAAGAACAAGAGAUGCUUAAGAUGGGGGUGGAGAAAUUUUCUAGUGUCAAUGAUAGAAAUAUCCCAUGGAAGAAGAUUUUGGAAUUUGGUAGUUCUGUGUUUCUGAUGGAUCGUACGACAGUUGACCUGAAAGAUAAAUGGAGAAACAUGUGCAAAGGAAGCCCAACCCAAAGAAAAAGGACCAAAUAAAAUGUUGCCAUCCAUCCUGGUUGGUUUUCGCAUUUAAAUGCAUAGUAUCAUUUAUGCCCGCAUCUCAAAUCUUAUUUUUCAUGGGCCCUGGAUAUUUUGCUUCCAAAAGUCAGAGGUUAUGUAUACUUAAAACUGAUGUGAUAUUGUUGUUGUAUUGUAGCUAUGUUUUCCUUCUUGAUGACCACUUCUAUAGAUAAUAUGACGUAACCUAACAGGAUGGAAGCUUGUAAAGACAUGUCUUAACUUUGUUUUUGAUUGUAUAUAUUGGUUAUGAAAACCUUAGUGAAGAUAAAUAAUUGGUUUUCAUUUAUUGUCUAA